CUUUCACACCCUCGGCCUCCCCCCCAACACUCCUCUGCACCCCGGCCCAAUUGUAUCAGUGUCUCUAGCCAUCAGGGAGGGCAAACAAUGGGAAUUAGGAAGCGUAGCCGGCCCCUUGCAGCAGAAUCAGAGUGUGAAGGCAGAGACUGGCAAAGUUAAAACCUGGCCGGUUGCAGGGGACCAAAAGAAACAAAAAAAAAAUAGAAAGGGAGAGAUUAAAAAAUAGAGAAAGGGGGCACAAUUGAAGGAUAGUGUAAAAGUUGAGAGACCAAAGAAGAAUUUCGGAGGGACCCCCGUUGAAUUUGAAACGCCUAUGGAAUUACCUGCUUCUUAAACAUCCAGAACAAACUUUCGGGGGACAAUUUUUAUUUUUUUAAAGAAUUUUUUUGGGGAGGGUUUGUGUUUUGUUUUUUUUAAAAACAGAAAUCGAUUUUUUUGGAUGCUUUUUCCCACCGGCCUGCUAAAUUUGAGGGGAUGUCAUCGUGGAACUGCUGGUUGGUCAUAGGGUUGGUGCUUCAAGGUUGCGGUCUGGCCCACCCCGCUCAGAACUGGUCCGUCCAGGAUGUUAGAGCCCAGCGAUGUGGGAUUGCCUGUCCGGGAUCGCGCUUCGCUUCAAAGGCUGCUGCCAGACUGCCAGGUGGAAGGUGGUGCAGUUUCCAUCAUUUCAGCUAGUCCUUUCAUUGUCUGGUAUCGGAAGUUUGGGGGCAGCCCUCUCCAACGACAGCCACACGGCCAUCUUGGCCAAUGGUUCCCUGCGCUUGGAAAGUGUGCACCGACGGCCUCGGGGAGGAGGAGGAGGAGGAGCAGCUGACGCAACCACCAACGCCAGCGAUUCGAGUGCCGGAGAAUAUAGUUGUGCCGCCCAGAACCGUUACGGCCUGCUGGUCAGCCGCAAAGCCCGCGUGCAGAUUGCCACCUUGUCCAAAUUCCACAUGCACCCAGAAUCGAUGUCCGUUGAGGAGGGUGGCGUGGCCCGAUUCCAGUGCUUCAUCCAAGGGGUUCCUGAAGCGACCAUCAACUGGGAGCGAAACCGGACAGCGCUUCUAACGGACGACUAUCGGUUCACGUUGCUCCCUACCGGCAUCCUGCAGAUCACGGGAGUGAGACGUUCCGACGUGGGCACCUAUCGCUGCGUGGCCAGCAACAUCGCCAAUACCCGCUUCAGCCAAGAAGCUACCCUGGGCAUCAGUGUCUCAGCGCCUAAGCUCUACAAGGAGCCGGUCAUCUUGUCAGGUCCACAGAACCUGACCAUCAACGUCCACCAGACAGCCAUCUUGGAAUGCAUCGCCACCGGCAACCCGCGGCCUAUUGUGUCUUGGAGCCGCCUGGAUGGGCGUUCUAUCGGUGUCGAAGGAAUCCAGGUGUUGGGGACCGGGAACCUCAUGAUCUCAGAUGUGUCGGUGAAGCACGCCGGGGUCUACGUCUGCGCCGCCAAUCGGCCCGGCACUCGUGUGCGCCGCACAGCCCAAGGCAUACUCAUGGUUCAAGCUCCGCCAGAGUUUGUGCAGUGGCCCCAGUCUGUUUCCAAGCCUCCAGGCAGCAGUGCCAUCUUCACCUGCGUGGCACAAGGCGUGCCGGAGCCCCACCUCAUCUGGUUGAAGAAUGGCAAAGUCCUCGCGCCCGGUGAGAACAUCAAACUCACCCAUAACAACAGUACCCUGAUGAUCCAGCGGAUCACGUCAGCUGACGAGGCCAUCUACCAAUGCAUCGCUGAGAACAGCGCCGGUACCAACCAGGCCAGCGCCCGACUGGCUGUGUCCCUUUCCAAGGAACUGCCCAGCUCCCCGGAAGGGGUCCAGGCAACGGCUCUCUCCACCACGUCCAUCCAGGUGUCUUGGUUGGAGCCCCCCAUGGAAGUGACGGAAGCCAUCAUAGGAUACGUGCUGCACAUCCGCAGGGCAGGCGAGUCCGACAGCCGGGAGCUGCAGGAGGCCGUCAGUAAGACCACCUUCCAGCACGUCUUCACCAACCUGGAACCCUCCACUACGUACUCCAUUUACCUGAAGGCUUAUUCGCCCCUGGGCGCCAGUCAGGAUUCCCAGCCCAUCUUGGCUACCACCCUGGGGAACGUCCCGGCAACGUUGGGCUUUUUCACCAAGAUCCUUAACACCAGCUCUGUCCACGUCUUCUGGGAGCUGCCUGCCUGGCCGGGCAGCAUCGAAGGAUUCAAGCUUUAUCUGCGAAAGCUGCCCAACACCCACUACGAAGGUCCCCAGGUCUUGCCCAGCACUGUCAACUCUUACACAUACAGCGACCUGGAGCCAUCCGCCAUGUAUGAGAUCAAACUCCAGGCCUUCAAUGGGAACGGCAACGGGAACAGCAGCGUGCGGUUCGUGUCGCUCAAGGAGAACUCCGAGAGGCUGGAUGCCAACCCGGUGUGCCAGUGUGGGCAGGACGGAGACAGCUCUCUCGCCGGCAUCGUGGUUGGCGUUCACAUUGGCAUGGCGUGCAUUAUAUUUUGCGUUCUCUUCCUCAUGUUCGGCUACCGCAAGAGCCUCUUCUGUAAGAAAGGAACCCAAGAGAGUUGGACGGUCCCCCAGGGAACGGAGCUGGUGCAGACGACUGCCAGGGAACCUCCCCGGACUCAGCGCAAGCCCGAGGGCAGGGCAAAACCUUCUGAGAUGGUGGAACUCGUUACUCAGAACCCCCCCUCCUCAGAUGGACUCCCCGCCCAUGACACCCCCUGUUUCGAAGUGACCAUUGAACGCUGCCCUCCUUCGCAGCCCAGCGGUUAAGCCAACGCAGGUGGGGACGGGGUAGAGAGAGGUCCGACGUGGGGCGCAGUGCCGGCUCCUCAGAGGUUUGGCCUCCCUGUACCCCCAGCACCCACCACCCCAAUCUGGGACACCAACCGUAAACCUCCAAAGAAUCUACCUCACCUCCGCCGGACCUCCAGGGUUCCGCCCUGUCGCCACCCUGGCCGCCCCUCGCCCCAAUUCUCUUGGAUAUCUAUUUUUGAUACAAAUACCAAAACUACCUCAACCGCCAGCCGCUCUGGCCACCAAAUAACCCCCUUCCCCACUCGGGGGCAAACGCCAGAGGGGAAAAGAGGGCAGUUUCUCUGGCGGCUGGAAGCUUCCAGAAGCUGAGGCAGCCAUCUUGAGAGCAAGAGCCAACUCCUCUCCUUGGCUGCCUCAGACCAGAGGUGGGAGCUGACCUUAAAUUUCGCCAAAGCCAAACCCGUGUCAAGGAUUGGCUUGGAUGGGGGGGGAGGUUGAGACUCCAAAACUAGUUCCAAAUGAAUAACACCUCCACGAGGGUGGGUGAGGAUUGUCCCUUUUCCGACCCCCCACCCACCCACGGUGCCUGGGCGCGCGGCACCAGCAUACCAAAUAUCGCCAAACCAAAAGUGGGAGCAGCAACAUGACCCCUCACUCCCCUAUAGCGCCCCCCACCUCUUUCUCCCCCUCAGUCACGAGGCAACGAGGGGGGGCGCAUCCCUCAGUACCCCCUCUCGCUCCUUUCGGUUCUCUUGCUGCUUCCUACAGAGUGUCUUUUUUGAUAUAUAUAUUAUAUAUAUAUGUAUAACGUCUCUAUCCAAAUAUUUUUUAAGAUGAUUCAAGGAAUUGCUGUACUGCUUCCAAAGAUGUAGAGCUUUAACCAUGCGGACAUAGCCUUAGUCUUCGAGUUUUCUAAAGUGGGGGGAUGGACGACCUAGGUCCCAGAGACCCACAAGAUGUGAGAUGGGUCCUUUUAGGGUCAGGGGGCGGGGAAAGGCUCUUCAGUCCUAAGGGGAAAAUAUUUAUUUAAGGGACUGAAAUGGCCUGCUCACAUACUGACUUCUGGAAACUCCCUCAACGCAAACCCCCCUGGCCCAAGGGAAUAUUUCCAAUUAUAUGGUUGGAGACUGGAUCUUUUGCUCUGAGGGGGGUCUGGUUCUGAACCCCAAUAUCUCCUACCCUCCCUUGAGAUCUGAAGAGCCCGGCUCUAACUUUGGGACAGCCAUAUUGAGCUCUACGUGACUCACAAUGGCGGGGACCGCCCCAAAGCGGUUAUUCCACCAAUAUUGUCGUCCCCCCCUCCCUUUCCAUCUCGUCUUCUCUUUUCCUUCCCGUCCUAUUUUUCUUUCCUUCUUUCUUGAACGCCUGAGCUGGCAAGACAGACUGGGAGAGGAACUCAACUCCCUUUACCACCAACAGAUGUCCUUCUUUCUAAGUGCUUAGAACUGGUCAGGGAAAAAGACUCCCAAGGCAUAAUUUCUUAGCCCCAGUAUCUUUUUUGGAGACCUUUGCACCUUCAGAGGGUCGUAGGUCAGGGGUAAGAAGAUUCCCACACAGGCCUUCUGGUUAAAGGAUCUCUGAUACCCAGCUUACAAACAAUCUUAAGACACUGAGGGUCACUGCCAGACCAUAUAGAGCCAGCUGGACCUGUGGAUCAACUCUGGCUGUAGCAGCAUCGAUAUUCUUCUUCCAGUCCCAAAAGAGAUUGGGGUUUGCUUAUUGCAAUGGCAUAACCUGCCCAAAACUGGAAGCCAAAGGCUGGCGAUUUCAUCCCUGCUUGGCAAAAUCCCCCCACAGAAACGUCAAAGGGAGAAUCCUCUUUGAUCGGCUGCCGUUAUUUAGAAUAGCUUGAAAACUGCCUUGGAUUUGUAGAAAAUUAAACCACCUCAAUUUGUUGUGUGUGAACUGAGUCCUGGGAAAAGACUGAAAAGAAGAAAAGAGGGAAAAAAACCAGAUGCAUCAGUAGUAUUUUAAAGAUCAACAAACGUUUCAGAUUGUAAGCUUUUGAGAGUCAGAGGGCGAUUCCGCACAUGAGUAAAAUAGGUUCGACCCAGUUCCCUGAGAAGGGUACUGACCUAGGUCAAAGCCAUUGUUGUUCCCCACUGCAACCAGCU